AUGAACUUGUCCAAGAAAAGCUUGCAACGAACAACAUCGUUGUUUCAUUGGGAAUACCUAUCACAUUCACUCCAACAUCUGUUCCCCAAGCCUGCUUUGGAAUCAAGACCUACGCCGGCUGGGGACGGACCCGGCAACGAGGCUUCAUCACCUGCUGGACCCACGACCUACAAGGAUUUUGGUUGGGUUCCGGCAGAUCUAUCUCCAGGAGGGACUUGGCACCAGCAACGCAUAUCCAACCUCCGAUGGGCUUCAGAACACUAUCCAGAGCCCAAGGACAUCUUUGACGAUGGCCUUCAUCGGUUGGCUGUGCAUCGACAGAACUACAACAAAGACGGACCUUCCCCAAAAUGGCUUCAACUGCUAUGGUGGGAAUUCCCAUCUGAGCACUGGGAGGAACUCCGAACAGGCGCUAGACAGAAUUUUUUGGAGAGACCGGAGCCCCACAUUCGACCAAAUGCCCCAAUGGAUGAAGAGAUGUUGGAAGCCGCCGUCCAGUUUGUGGAUGAACUUGUUGGACUUGGAGUGCUGAGACACAUUGAUGAGGGCCUCAAAGUCCUCACCAAUGCGCUACUUUUUGUGGUCGGCAAAGACGGACAGCCUGGCGAGUGGAGAGUCAUUGCGGACAUGCUACGCGGCGGCCAGAACGAUUGUGUGUGA